AAAUUAUUGUCCAAAAUAAUAAAUUUGAAACAUAAUUUACAAUUUGGGUAAUCUGUGCAUAUUUAGCGAUUUCUGAAGUAAAGCUAGAUGCCCAUUAAAUAAGGAAUAUAGGAAAUACAACCUAUUUUGUUUUUUUCAAAUUGUAGAAUUCAUUUCAGUUUUGGCGUCAUGAGUAAUGAAGUUGAACCUGACGAACGCAAGAGGCCCCACGAAAGCGAAGGCGAAUCGGAACCAGAAGACUUAGUGGGGCCGGCGUUGUCAGAGGCAACACAGCCCAAGAAACGUAAAGUGUUGCCACACGAACAGUUGUACUUGGAACUUUUACCCAGUGCCGAGUCUUACGAGAAGAGUUACAUGCACAGGGACGUGAUAACGCACUGCGUGGUAUCGGCCACUGAUUUCGUUAUUACCGCCAGCUGUGACGGCCACAUAAAGUUCUGGAAGAAAAUGGAGACUGGGAUUGAGUUUGUGAAGCAUUUUCGCAGCCACCUAGGUCCCAUAGUAAGGAUAGCUUGUAAUAUAGAAGGAUCGUUGUUGUGUUCGGCAUCGGUGGAUAAAAGUUUAAAGAUAUUUGACGUAAUAAAUUUUGACAUGAUAAAUAUGAUGAGACUAGAUUACAUUCCCGGCACAGUGGAAUGGAUUCACGGACCCGGUGAUGCCAUUCAUACCUUAGCGGUGUCCGAUAAGGAAUCGAGCAAGAUCUACGUCUACGACGGAAGAGCUACCAUCGCGGCUUUGAAGGUAUUAGAGAAAAUUCACAUGAAACCUGUUUAUUUGAUAAGAUAUAAUCCGAAAUACGACGUCGUUAUAUCCGUGGACAGAGGAGGAAUGUUAGAAUACUGGACAGGUAUUAAGCAGGACUGUAUAUUUCCCAAAAACGUCGCUUUCGACUCGAAGCUAGACACAGAUUUGUACGAAUUUGCAAAAAAUAAAACCACCCCAACGGGACUGGCGUUUUCACCCGAGGGGAAAAAGUUUGCCACAAUUUGCACUGACCGAAGAGUGAGGGUAUUUAAUUUCAUCACCGGAAAAUUGGUGCUAGUUUUGGAUGAAACGUUGCCUAGGUUCACGGAAUUCCAGCAGAACAAGCAACAACUCCCUAACAUGGAAUUUGGGCGAAGAAUGGCGAUAGAGCGGGAUCUAGAAAAAUCGGAAAGUCACGAACUUGCAAACAUAAUUUUCGAUAGCAGCGGCCAUUUUAUAAUGUACGCCACGCUCCUAGGUAUCAAAUUAAUAAAUCUGUACUCGAAUAGGUGCGUUAGAAUCAUCGGGAAGAACGAGAAUUUAAGGAUAUUAAACAUUGCGCUCUAUCAGGGGUCAGCGAAAAAGUCCAAGGCGGCCGUCACAUUGGAAAUAGAAGCCUCCAGCAAUCCGACGCUCGAAGCAAUAGUUCCCGAUCCCACAAUAAUAUGUACGGCAUACAAGAAGUCUAGGUUUUACCUGUUUAGUCGUAGGGAGCCAGAAGACUUGCCCGGCGAUCAAGAUCGAGACGUUUUCAACGAGAAGCCUUCCAAGGAAGACACGUUUGCGGCGACGGAGAACCCGGCCAUACAGCGAUUGUACGAAAACGCUAUAAUUCACACAGUUUUCGGGGAUAUCCACAUAAAACUGUUCAUGAAGGACACGCCGAAGACCGUCGAGAAUUUCUGCGUGCACAGCAAAAACGGGUAUUACAACGGACAUAUUUUCCACAGAGUUAUAAAAGGAUUCAUGAUUCAAACAGGUGAUCCCACGGGUAACGGUACUGGCGGCGAGAGCAUAUGGGGUGGGGACUUUGAGGAUGAAAUUAGGCCGAGUUUAAGACACGACAGGCCGUACACCGUGUCGAUGGCAAACGCUGGUCCGAACACCAACGGCAGUCAGUUUUUUAUCACUUUAACACCCACGCCUUGGCUCGAUAAUAAACAUACGAUAUUUGGAAGGGUUGUAAAGGGAAUGGAGGUCGUGCAGAAUAUCAGCAAUGUUAAAACGAACGCAAAGACGGACAAACCAUACGAUGAUAUUAGAAUUAUUUCCGUUACCGUAAAAUAAGAUGUAAAAUAAAUGUAUUUUAUUUUUA